AUGGUCAACGCAGCGAAGCGCAUGCGUGCGCUAACGGCCAAGCUAUAUCCCAUCCGAAACGAAGCUGGUAGCAUAGUGUUACCUUCCACAGCUCCUGGACCACAACUCAAAUCAAUGUUUAUGCGAGUUCCGACUGGAGAGUUCCCGAACAAGGAAUGGUUCUACGGCGCACGACAAUUCUGGCGUAAGGAGAUGCAGCGGCUGAAGUACUGGAAUCCUGCAUUGUCGACAAACGUCGAAACUGUGAAACAUGGUGAAAAGGAGCCUAUGUACCUCACACUAGAGUACGAAUCGAACAAUCGAGAUGCCUUGGAGAAGAUCAAGGCCGAGCCACUGCCCAAACCUUUGCUGAAAAUAAGGCCGUUAAGAAGUCACGGUAGAGAUAUGACCUUGAAAAGAGUAAUGUUUGCGGAUCUGAGAAAUAUGGCGCCCGAAGAUCGACUGCAAAAGCUGCAGGACACUAUACCUUGGAUCAUGCAACAGCUCGAUAACCAAGUCAUGCUCCACAAAGAGAAAACACCCAAAGUGAAAGACAUACGACCGAUCAAGAUGACACCAGAACUCGCCACACACGUUCCCAAAGACGAAAUUGUUGUGAAAGCACAACCAGCCGCCGAUCCAUCCCAACCUCAAUCCACUUCCGCCCCAGCUACCUUAUACAGCCGUAAAUUGAGUAUACCAAUAGCGGGCCUGCGCCAUACAGAGAUCUGGAAUUGGAUCCGACAGCAUCAAGGCUUACGUGACCAUCGGAGACGUCGUGGCGCAGAGCAGAGAGCCUGGCAGAGCCUUUGCGCGUUUGGUGAAGCGGCACAGAAGGAUCGAAGACGUGUAAAGAGAGGUGUCAAGAACAAGAAGAAAGAAGAAAAACAGCUGAAAAACGCUAGGGAUGCUGCCGCACGAAUAGCUGCUGACAAUGUAUAA